CAUGGUUGUUCUCGUAUGACCUACGAAAAUCCCUCAUUGCACUCUUCUUCUCCCUCACUGGACACUCUCAAGCAAAUUCGUUCCCCAAAUCCCUACCCUAGCUAUUUUUAGUCCUCAAUUUCCUUCGAUUCAUGUUUGUAACUGAAGUACAGUUAGGGUUUUGUGUUAAGAAUCGAGUGCGGGGCUAUUCAUAACAAAUAUUUAUGCUAAUUAUCGGGUGGAGACAGUAACAGUGAGGUGGAUAAAGGAUAGGCUUAGCGGUGACGCUUUUUACAAACUACCAGAGGUUACAAGGAGGUCGAUAUGAUGAUUUCACUCAUCACUCGCCGCAGAAAAAUUAACGGCAAGAGUGGAGAUGACAAGUGCACUUCUCAUGGCAGCUGUGUGUAAUGUUGAAAUUGUAAGUCUUCCUAUAGGGUUUUGGUAAAGCCAUGCUGCCAAAUUUCUUGUAUCAUUUCUCUAUUCAGCUAUUGAAGAAGAUAAAUGUUGGCUUUGUUUUUACGCUUAGACCAAGUGACCAACUAAGUAUCAAGUUGUGAAGGAAAUGGUUGAAAAGUUGGGUUACAAGUUCUGGUCUGCACACUUUCAUCUUGUACUUGGGUACUCAUAUUGCUCUAUUCACAGUAAAAUCUAUGAGCUGCAGAAGGUUCACAUAAAAAGUGCUCCAUAUGAUACAAUUCAAUUAAGAAGUGGUCCUUCAUGGCUGUAUAAGGACUGUUCUGAAUUUGGCUCACCAUUAUUUUCUCUACCCGGUGCACGGGUACCAUUGACCAGCAUACUAUACCAGAUUCAGUUGGAAGCUAUAUUGUGGGGUAUUGGAACAACUCUCGGAGAGCUUCCUCCUUACUUCAUCUGUAGAGCUGCUGGUAUAUCUGGUCGUGAAGGUGAUCUUAUGGAAGAUUUGGAUUCUUCUUCAAAAGAAGAUAAUGGAAUUAUCAGCAACCACUUAAAACAAAUAAAAAAAUGGCUUCUUUCUAACCGACAGUAUUUGAAUUUCUUCACAAUUUUGGUUCUUGCGCCGGUAAAUCCUCUCACUUUUUACAUUUUCAAGGACCUUAUUUUGUCCUUGUAAUAGAGUGUUAUGGACUUGUGUCAUCAACUUUAGUGAUUUUCUUCAAAUUAUGUUUAUUUAAUCCCUCCUUUUGGUCUUUACAUUGCUUUAUUUGUCAACCCUCAUUAAGGGUUUUCAACAUAAAUUUAUG